UGAGCACAGCGGUGGGCGUUGCUGGCCCGUUGUAGCGCUCCCGUCCCCGCUUGUAACGCAGCCUUCCCCGCCCCUCCAGUCCCCGCAGCCAUGUUCAGCUGGGUGAGCAAGGACGCGCGGCGGCGCAAGGAGCCGGAGCUGUUCCGCACGGUCUCGGAGGGGCUGAAGCAGCUCUACGCCACCAAGCUGCUGCCGUUGGAGGAGUACUACCGCUUCCACGACUUCCACUCCCCCGCGCUGGAGCCGGCCGACUGGGAGAACAAGCCCAUGGUGCUGCUGGUGGGGCAGUACAGCACGGGCAAGACCACCUUCAUCCGGCACCUCAUCGAGCAGGACUUCCCGGGCAUGCGCAUCGGGCCCGAGCCCACCACCGACUCCUUCAUCGCCGUCAUGGGCGGCGAGACCGAGGGCGUUGUCCCUGGCAACGCCCUGGUGGUCGACCCGCGGCGGCCCUUCCGCAAGCUCAACUCCUUCGGCAACGCUUUUCUCAACAGGUUCAUGUGUGCCCAACUACCCAACCCUGUCCUGGAUAGCAUCAGCAUCAUUGACACACCUGGUAUCCUCUCGGGAGAGAAGCAGCGCAUAAGCAGAGGUUAUGACUUUGCAGCGGUACUGGAGUGGUUCGCAGAGCGUGUGGACCGUAUUAUCCUCCUCUUCGAUGCUCACAAGCUGGACAUCUCAGAUGAGUUUUCAGAAGUGAUCAAGGCCCUGAAGAACCACGAGGACAAGAUCCGGGUGGUGCUGAACAAAGCCGACCAGAUUGAGACACAACAGCUGAUGCGGGUCUACGGUGCCCUCAUGUGGUCACUGGGGAAGAUCAUAAACACCCCAGAGGUGGUGCGGGUCUACAUUGGCUCCUUCUGGUCCCAGCCACUCCUCAUCCCUGAGAACAGGAAGCUCUUUGAAGCAGAAGAGCAGGAUCUCUUCAAAGAUAUCCAGUCCCUCCCCAGGAAUGCUGCACUCCGCAAGCUCAAUGACCUCAUCAAGAGAGCCAGGCUAGCCAAGGUCCAUGCCUACAUAAUCAGCUCUCUGAAGAAGGAGAUGCCCAAUGUCUUUGGGAAGGAGAGCAGAAAGAAGGAGCUGGUGAACAACCUGGGCGAGAUCUACUUGAAGAUUGAGCGGGAGCAUCAGAUUUCACCUGGGGACUUCCCCAAUCUGCGCAAGAUGCAGGAGCUCCUGCUGAGCCAAGACUUCAGCAAGUUCCAGCUCCUGAAGCCCAAGCUGCUGGACGCAGUGGACGACAUGCUGGCCAAUGACAUUGCCCGGCUCAUGGUGAUGGUGCGGCAGGAAGAGUCUCAGAUGCCCACCCAGGCGGUGAAGGGCGGGGCCUUUGAGGGCACUAUGAAUGGGCCCUUUGGCCAUGGCUAUGGGGAGGGGGCUGGUGAGGGCAUUGAUGACAUUGAGUGGGUGGUAGGAAAGGACAAGCCCAGCUAUGAUGAGAUCUUCUACACCCUCUCACCUGUCAAUGGCAAGAUCACAGGUGCCAGUGCCAAGAAGGAGAUGGUGAAAUCCAAGUUGCCCAACACUGUCCUGGGCAAGAUCUGGAAACUGGCUGACGUGGACAAAGAUGGAUUCUUAGAUGACGAGGAGUUUGCCCUGGCCAACCACUUGAUCAAGGUGAAGCUAGAAGGGCAUGAGCUGCCUGCAGAACUGCCCCCUCAUCUUGUGCCCCCCUCCAAACGCAGACAUGAAUGACUCCCCAGCAUCCUUUAAGGGGGGAGGGGGGGAUGGGCAGCCAGAUGCCUGGAUUUCAACCUCUAACUCUGCUAAAGAUCCACAACCCCUGAGAGCUGGUGGACAGUUUGAAUUUUGCUUCGAAAGGCACUGGACUUACACCUUCCUUCCAAAUGCUCCCAUCUAUGGGAGUGAUAAGACCUGAAUGAAACCCUCAUACAUGUCGUAUUGUGCACAAGAAUAUUUUUAAUAUAUUCAAGGCCACAUUUGUUCCCCUUCUGUCAUUUGGGGUGCUGCUCCAGGAGCUGCUAAUGCAACUGGUUUGUCUUCCUAAGGUGUUGAAUGAACGGCUCCUUGUGGCAGGGCAGCAUGGCUGAGCUGCAAACAUCAGUUCAAUCCCCCUGCCUGGGAGAACUGUUCACAAUGGAAUCGGCUUUACCCUUGUGCUGGGAUGGCACAACUGUUUUCCCCAGCUGUCUUUUUU